CCCAAUCCUCUUCCUCAAAGCUGCGCGGGCGAGGCGCCUCGCCGCACUCUCGAAAGCGGCAGACAUGGAAUCCAUGUCGACUAGUGAGCUUGAAAUACGCGUGGCCAAGAUUGUCGAUCCAGGCGUCGACCUACAAAGCAAGUAUGAAGCCGCGAGCGAGAUUCGUGAGAGGAUACCAGAGUCCCCCCGCGACUCGGACACCCUGCGAUCCGUGUCGCUGAUGAUCCCCUCCGUCCUUGAGCUCCUUCGAAGCGGAGAAGUCGCGUUUAGCCGCCCGUCCCUCGAGUUCAAAUUCCGUCUCAUGCUCACCGACAUUAUCAACCACCUCCCCCACGGGGAGCAGGUCAAAGCACACCUGCCAGCGAUUCCGCAGACCCUCCUCCACAUCCUCCGCCACGACAACGAAGAUAUGGGCGCGCUCGCCUGCAAGACCCUCGUCGACUACAUGCGCGUCUACCGCUUCAUGCCCGACGACUUCCAGCGCGAGCUUGUCAGCAUCUUCUUGGAACUCCAACGCAAUGUCAUCACCCUCGUCGACGAAACGCUGUCCGAAGACUCUGCCGUAUUGGACUCGGUAGUGGCGCUGCCGAGUAUACGCAGCUUCAAAGUCGCGACAGAAAUGGGUCUCUUCGUCACCUUCCUGUUCAGCAGUUAUCCACGCACGCAAACACCCGAACCGCUUCAGCACCUCGUUGAGCCGGCCUUCGAGCUUUUGCAAGUUGAAGCGCCCGCUCAGAAGGCCGCAAGGGAGGCGAAAGAAGCUAUGGGCGAAACGUGGUACGGCAUGGCGCCCACGAUCAAGAACGCGCAAGCGUACAGUGACCUGAUGUUGGCGCAAAUAAAGAUGCUCUCGUUCGUCAUCUUCGUUGAACGGAGUGCGUCCCCAGAGAUGAAGCGUGGAGACGCCUUGAUGCUGGCGACGUUCCGCAUCAUUCAGGACCUACCUUCAAGCUCGCAUUCCCUUCGGAAGGACAUCCUCGCGCCUUUCCGGCACAUGAUCACGACGCCUCACCGUCGAGCCCUCGUUCCUUACAUUGAGAAGGUCAUCGACGAGCGAGUACUUCUGGGCACUGGCUUCACUGCACGGGAGGCUUUGCGCCCUGCAAUCUAUGGCCUCGUCACCGACUUCAUUCACCACACGCGAGGCGACCUUGACAUGGAGCAGAUCGAGCUUGUCAUCCGCACCUACUUGCCCCAGAUUCAGAACCCUACUCUUGGCAACUUCUUGCAGAUACCCUGCUUGAAGAUGCUGAUGGGUCUGACGGAGACCCUGGUCUCGCGAGGAUCUAACCCGCAGGUGGGGAAGAUCUUGCGCUCGAUGUUCGACGCGUUUCUCGAUCGUCUGGACGCGCUCGUCGUCAUGCAGGAGGAGCUGUCGGCUACAAUGAGCAGGGCACGCGCUGGCACUACCGACACGAUUGAUAUGGUCUACAUCGAGAAGUCCCGUCCGAUCGGUGGAGUUUAUUUCGCGACAGAGAAGUCGCCCAUGGACACGAUCACCCAAUCGCGCACCACUUUCAAGGCUCUCGUCCACAGCUUUCGUUCCGUCCUACAGGGCAUGAAGAAGUGCGAAGUCGCCCCUCCCGAGGGCACGCAAAUUUUCCGCAUGUUCGAAGGCUGCAUCCGCUGCGCUGCGCUCUUCGACCCCGACCCGCGCAUGGCGGACCCGCCGCCCGACUCCAUCGCCGAGCACCUUGGCCCCGUCUUCGUCGAGAUCGACCCGCACGUCUUCCAGGAGAUUUGGACGGUCAAGAUUGACUUCUUCUACAACUACGCGCUGAAGCGCAUCCCGCUCGUCAACCUCUGCCAGGUGCUGCUCAUGAGGGAGCCCACAUCAUCGACGAUGCUGUCGGUAAUCUUGAAGUACUUGGUCGACCGGCUGCCGCUGUUGGGCGACCUGGACGACUACCAUGCGGCGUAUACGAUCCGGUACUACAAGAUGGCGUUCGGCGCGCUGGACAAGGAGGUGUAUAGUGCGACGAAUGAGAGCAUUAUCGCGGGUCAUUUGCCGAAGUUGUUGAUGGACUGCUUCCCGCUGGCGGCGAAGGCAUCGCGGCCGACGCACUACUACUCGCUGUUGCGGUCGAUCUACCGCGCGAUUGGGUCCGGGAGAUUCGAGAUGCUGUACAAGGAGGUCUUGCCACUUCUCCCGGAGAUGCUGGAGAACAUGAACCGGCACCUGCUCGCGUCGGAGGGCAAUGGGCGCGAUCUCCUCGUUCACCUCUGCCUUACCAUCCCCUUGCGGCUAACGCAUCUACUGCCGCACCUCACACAUCUCAUGCACCCACUCGCAAUUGCCCUGAAGAGCCCCGACCCGAACAUCAUCGGCCAGGGCCUGCGCACCCUCGAGCUCUGCAUCGACAACCUCACGCCCGACUUCCUCGACCCGACGCUCAACAACGUUCUGCGCGAGCUCAUGGAGGCACUGCACGACCUCCUCAAGCCGCGCCCCGCGAACCACGUCUUCGCGCACACGGCGAUCCGCAUACUGGGCAAGCUCGGUGGGCGGAACAGGCGCCUGCUGACGAAGGAGCCGGUGUUCGAGUGGCAGCACAUCUCGGACUCGGCGGCGGUGAGCGUAUCGUUCGCGGGUGGUACAUCGAAGGUGGCGUUGGCGCCGACAGCGACGCUGGCGCUGCAUGUGUUGAGGAAGCAGGUGGCGAAUGCGCUGGAGAGGGAACAUGCGUUUGAGUUCGUGGAGGGAUGUGUAGGCGAGUUGUUGAAUGAGGGGAUCAACAACCGCGACACUGAGAACGUCUUCCGAUGCUGCAUCGACGCUGUCUUCGAGGCAGUCCAUAUCCCCGAGUUCAACGAGCGUGCGGAGAAGCUCAUGAAGGAGGCCAGUAGCUUCGUGUUCAGGACAGAGAUCAGGCGCCGCCAAUCGCCUCUCGUGGAGGGCACUCGCCCCACUCCAUCAUCGAUGCUGUCAACGCUGUUGGACGCCAUACCUCAGGCUAUGGCUCACGAUAACCCUACGCGCGCAAAGAAGGCUGCCGACCUCGUCCGUGCCAUCGUCGAGGACCUGGUUGCGACGCGCGACGAUGUUGCCGUCAAGGCCGAGGACCUCAUGAUCAUCCUCCACCAGAUCGCCAACCGCUUCACCGCGCUCGCCUUUGAGGAUGGCUGGGCGCGCAAGGUCGCGUGCUGCGCGGGCAUCGAGAUCAUGACGGAGACGCCGCACGUCGCCGUGCGCUGGGUGCACGAGCGCGAGACGGAGAUCUACCGAACGAUACUGCAUGUGCUGAAGGACAUUCCCAUCGACGUCGAGCGCGACGUGUCGCGGUUCAUGGACGCGAUGCUGCGGGUGCUGGAGAUGUGCAACCCGCGGAUCGAGGGGCAGCAGCACCCAUUCAAUCGCGCGGCGUCGUUGAUUGGCGUGUUCUUCGUCGAGAUUCAGGCCCCGAAUCCGCUCGUGCGGGACGCGGUGCAUAAGGCGAUGGAUCGGGUCGUGCGCUUGAGCGGCUGGUCUGCGACGGAGCUGCUCUCGCCGCACCGCGAGAGACUACUGUCGAGCAUCUACACGAAGCCGCUGCGCGCGUUGCCGUGCAGCAUCCAGAUCGGCAUGAUUGAAGCGAUUCGAUACUGCAUCACACUGGACCCUCCGUUGGCGGAGCUCAACGAUGAGCUGUUGCGGCUGUUGCAUGAGGCGUUGGGGUUGGCGGAUGCGGAGGACGCGUCGUUGUUAGGAAGGAAUCAUCCGAGGCAAGGGACGUUGGAUGUCAACCGGCUGAGGGUUGCUUGUAUCAAGCUGUUGACGGCGUCGAUGCCGCUCACGGACUUCUACUCGAAGCAACACCAGACAAGGCAAAGGGUCACGUCUGUGUACUUCAAGUCCUUGUACUCGCCCUCAUUGGAGGUGAAGAACGUCGCCCACGAGGGUUUGCGCAUGGUCUUGAACCACCAGAGCCGGCUGCCGAAGGAACUCCUGCAAACGGGCCUAAGGCCCAUCUUGAUGAACCUAGCGGAUCCCAAGCGUCUAUCGGUGCCAGGCCUCGAGGGCCUCGCGCGACUUUUGGAGUUGCUUACGAACUACUUCAAAGUCGAGAUCGGGCACAAGCUGCUUGACCAUUUCCGCGCCGUCGCCGACAAGCAAACGCUGCAAGCAUCCUCGAAGCUGGCGCUGUACAACAACGAGGCCAUCACGAAGCUCGUGCGCUUGGCGAAUAUCUUUCACCUUCUGCCGUCUGCAGCAAACAUCUUCCUCGAGAGCCUCGUCAACGCAAUCGUCGACGCCGAAAGGGAGAUGCACUUCUCGAGUCGCACCCCGUUCUCCGAGCCGCUGGCCAAAUACUUGGAGCGCUAUCCAUCGGAGGGCAUCGACUUCUUCAUGCGAAACUUGCACUCUCCGAAACAUGUGCGUACGCUGCGAAGUAUUCUGCAAGCGAGCCUGGCGCCAGGCCUCCAACGUGAGCUCGCUUCGCGGGCGGGCGUGAUGGUUUCGCUGUUCAUACGAGGGCCAGAACCCGCUUUGGUGCUACCCACUCUGCAUCUGUUCCAAGACAUCGCGGAGUUGGACCACACCUGGCUCGCUCAGAAUGGUUUCGUCGUCGACGCCCUGGUAGACCUUUGGAGGAACGACCUCAAGAUCGCCCAGAGCGAUCCGUCCGUCGUCGAACGCAUAGUGGCUACGCGCGACGUUUUCAUUACGGCCCUGAAGCAGAUCCCUCGCAUUGACCUUCUCACGGAGAUCAUCUCGCUAUACUCGCUCAACCUGGGCAUCAACCUCAUCCCGACGACACGCUUCCUCUAUGAGCAUGUAGCCCUGAGUCAUGAUCUCAUGUUCAGGCGCAACGUCCUAUACCGCUUCUUGACCUGGUCGGACCAGCCAGCAAGGACCCCUGCAGAUAGAAGCCACUUUUUGCGCUACAUGGUCACUCCGAUCUUGCAGGUUCAUGCAGUGCGCGAGAAAGCUGUCGAAGAGCUCAUCGACGCGGACUACGUACACCAGCUCAGCAAACGGACCUGGCAGGCCCCGAAGGCUAUGGAUCCGAACAAUGGCAUGAACGAGGACGCGAAGAUCGAACUCCUUUACCUGAUGAUUGUCUUCGUGCAGCACUACUCGAAACUUUUGGAGGACGAGCGCAAGGGAAUCUUGAAGUACGCAUGGGACGUCAUUCCCAACGAGGAGGACAAUCUCGUGAAGCAAACUGCGUUGCUUUUGACCGCAAGGUGUUAUGCCGCCUUCCAGGCUCCAGCGAACUUCAUAAUGCGCUCUUGGUCGACGUUGUUGCGCACGCCUCAGGAGAUUAAGAACAACAUCCGAGCAGAAGCCCUGUCGACGAUCACUCAGUCCUUGCCGGGCCCUGAGCCUGGUCAGGAAUUCCCGCAGUGGGCUAUGAUGGCUCGUAGGCUGACUCAAGAGGAAGGGAGCACCCAGUUGACAACGAGCACGCUGUGUCAACUCAUCGUCAAGCACCCCCAGCUAUUCUAUCCUGUGCGCGCCCUCUUUGUCGCCCAUAUCUCGAACUCGCUUUCCAAGCUGGGGAUGAACAAUGCGACGGCGGCGGAGUAUCGCGCGAUCUCUAUUGAGGUUCUGCACAUCCUGUACGACUGGGAGCAGCAGGCUAUGGAGGAGAUCGCGAAAGGAGGGAAGGCUUGGACGACGCCGCUCAUCGUGAAGGAGAACAUGGUCAGCUACUUGAUACGCAUCGCGACUUCUCAGCCGGAUCCGCGACUGGUUGCAGACCCCCGCAUCGCCCUGUCUCUGGACUCGCCAUCGCACCUCGUCACGCGCUCCUUAGCGCUAUUGAAGCUUGUUGUCGGACCCAAAGGCUUCACCGACGUAACUUUCGGUUUGCGAUACUUCUCAAAGCCCCUCGAAUCUGAGCUGAAUAACGACAGCACCAUAUCCUGGGCCAUCUCGUGUGCGAGGGUAUUGCAGAUAAUCAGUUCAGAGCAAACCGACGACUGGUUCAGGACGCAUGCCGAGUUCCUGCACAAGCUGCUGCACCGCGGUAUGCUGUCGGAGAACGUCGCGUUGUAUGAUGCCCUCUACCCCAUCUUGGAGCGGCUUCUUCGGCUGUAUCCGUUGCCGAAGGAGGACGAAGAGGUCGACACGCCCAUGGCGGACUUUUUCAAGUUCGUCUAUACAGCGAUCGCGGACGGUCUCGCGAAGCAUGCGCCCGUACGAGGGACCUUGUUGAUGCUCAAAGCUGUUGUUGGUCCAACACCGGAACGUAUUACCGAGUUCUCGCAGGGCUUGCUCAAGCUGUUCGCCAAACUCGUCAAGGACCACGCCAGUCUCCCGCCCGAUUCGCCACUACUUGACGCAUCCGUGAAGCAAAUUAUCAUCGCCUUCGAGAUCAUGCAAACAUCCAUGACGUAUCUGGGCGAGCAGCGCAAGCAGUUCAUUGCUGUGGCGAACCUCCUGAUUGAAAAGUCCCGGAGCGUCGUCCUCAUACGGUACAUGCUCGACAUGGUGCGGAACUGGACCCUUUCGAGUCAGGAGACAUAUCCUACGAUGCGGGAGAAGAGUGCGAUAUUGCAGAAGAUGGUCAUCUUCGAAACGCGCGGCACCGCCGUGUUCAUUCCAUACCUUCAGCUCAUCUACGACAUCUUCACGGAAGCCUCCCUACGCCGCAGCGACCUCACGCAUCGCUUGGAGGCACCGUUCCUCGUCGGGUGCCGCGCGCCUGAUCCGGCGCUUCGCGAGAAGUUCAUGGACCUGCUGGACUCUAGCGUUCCGCGCUCACUAUCGAACCGUCUAACCUACAUCUUCGGUGUUCAGAAUUGGGACGCUCUGGCUGAUCACAACUGGACAUACCUCGCCAUCUACCUUGUUCUCGGUGCCGCGGAUUCAUCGCCUCGAUCCAAUGCCAUGCUCGUUGAUGGUGCACUAGCCCGCCCUUCGACAGACGCGCUCGUAUCUCCCAUGCGCCGGCUCCUAUGCCUUGACCUACAAGCUGCCCAUGAUACUUGGACGUCGCUCUUCCCCGCUGCGUGGCCGCAUAUCUCAAGAAGAGAGCAGUCCGAGAUUACCUACCACCUCAUCAACUGCCUAACGCGCGAAUAUCAUGCAAGGCAAGCUCAAGCCCGCCCCAACGUCAUUCAAGCUUUUCUCGCCGGAUCUCACGCCUGCUCGCCACCGCUGAACCUGCCGCCGCAUCUUGUCAAAUACCUUGCGAAGACCUACGGCGCCUGGCACGUUGGUAUGGAGAUCUUGGGCACAUCUCUGCACUACGUGAAGGACGAUGAACCGAGUGUGCGCGACUACGUGUACGACUCUCUCGCCGAUGUGUACGCUGAAUUGGCAGAGGAGGACAUGUUCUACGGCGUCUGGCGACAUCGCUCCCUUCACAGCGACACCAACAACGGUCUAGCGUUCGAGCAGAUCGGCAUGUGGGAACAGGCGCAGCAGACAUACGAGGCGGCGCAGAGCAAAGCUCGUACUGGAACGAUACCGUUCACGGAGCAGGAGUACUGCCUUUGGGAGGAUCACUGGAUCUUGGCCGCCCAAAAGCUUCAGCAAUGGGACCUCCUGUACGACCUUGCGAAGGCCGAGAACAACCCCGAGCUUCUGCUCGAGAGCGCUUGGCGUACCAAGAACUGGGACGAGAACAUCAGCUUGAUAGAAGAGCAGAUGGCGUUGUUACCGCAGCCACCGACUAUUCGUCGAUUGAUCUUUGAGGCCUUUCUGUCCCUUGUCAAGGGGUCGGAACCGCCUGAAAAGAAUGCCGAGUUCACGAAGGCUUUGGAGGAUGCCACCCAGCUAUCUUUGCGCAAAUGGGUCAACCUGCCGUCCCAUCUGUCCCCUGCACAUGUUCCUCUCUUGCAGAAUUUCCAGCAGUUCGUCGAGCUGCAGGAAGCGGUAUCUAUCUACGCUUCUCUUGCGACGACGGUGGCGGGGAACCUGGAGAAGAAGUCGGGUGAUCUCAAGGUGGUUCUGCAGGCCUGGCGCGAGCGAUUGCCAAACAUUCACGAUGAUAUCAGCAUCUGGAGCGACCUCGUCAACUGGCGCCAGAACGUCUUCAAUUCUAUCAACAAAAUAUAUGUCCCGCUCAUCCCCCAGCAAGGCCAGAAUGGUGGCACGACGUCCAACACGAACACGUUCGGCUUUCGUGGCUUCCACGAAACGGCAUGGAUCAUUAACCGCUUCGCUCAUGUCGCUCGCAAACACGAGCUCCUUGACGUAUGCAUGUCCGCUCUCACGAAAAUCUACACGUUGCCGAACAUCGAGAUCUCGGAGGCGUUCUUGAAGCUGCGGGAGCAAGCUCGAUGCCACUAUCAGAAACCUGCCGAGCUCGCGUCCGGACUGGAAGUCAUCAACAAUACCAACCUGGUCUUCUUCACGGCGUCGCAAAAGUCGGAAUUCUACACUCUGAAGGGCAUGUUCAGUGCCAAGAUGGGACGGCAUGACGACGCAGGUUUGGCCUUCGCGCAGGCGGUACAGCUCGACAUGCAGCAGCCCAAAGCGUGGGCGCAAUGGGGUAGAUUUAGCGACAGGUUGUUCAAGGAGAACUCCAGCGACCUGAACCAUGCCGCGAGCGCCGUCACUUGCUAUCUUCAGGCCGCUGGGCUCUACAAGAACGGGAAAAGCCGGCCGCUCUUGGGUCGCGUCCUAUGGCUGCUGAGCAUGGACGACUCAAGCAUGACUGUCUUGCGAGCCUUCGACACCUAUAAGGGCGAGACGGUACCAUGGUUCUGGAUCGCCUACAUUCCUCAGCUUUGCCAGGCAUUCAUGCACAAGGAGAUGAAGCAAGCCCGAUAUAUUCUGCUUCAGAUCGCUCGGCACUACCCACAGGCUUUGUUCUACCACUUGCGCACGUUCCGGGACGAGAUCCUCGGCGUCAAAAGAUUGGCGAGCUCUCGACAAGUCGCCGCAGCGCGGGCAAGCGAAGCUGCCAAUGGUGGCGGCGCCGACGCCGCUGGCCCUACCGCAAGCCCUGCGUCCGGCGCGGAAAGCGGACUGCAAUCAGCGCAGGCGAUCUCCGCUGGGCAAGGUACACAGGUCAAAGACCCAGUGUCUAAGCAGGCAUGGGACUAUCUCGAGGAGAUCGUGCAGAUCUUGAAGACCAUGUUCCCUCUGCUCACGCUCAGCAUGGAGACGUUGGUCGAUCAGAUCAACACGAAGUUCAAGCUGAACCUGGAAGAGGAAUACUAUCGCAAUAUCUGUCUCCUGCUACACGACGCCAGUACGAUGUACGUCAGCCGGACGAACGUGCCCGACGACGACGGUCUGCUGAAGCAAGCAUCUAUCGACAACAUGCGCCGUGUCCACGCCAAUAUGCCCGCGAGUCCCGCCAAGGCUCACUUCGAGCAAGACUUCCUGCUGCCCAAGCUCACCCAUCAGGAGUACAUGCAGAGGCUACAAAGCUGGCGCGAUAGAUACGAGCGAAGUCUCGAUUCGCGGCCGAGGACGCAGUCUCUGGACUCAAUCAGCCACUACCUCACUCAAUUCCAGUAUAGCAAGAUCGAUGAGAUCGAGGUACCUGGACAAUACACUGAGGACAAGGAUAACAACCAGAACUUCGUUCGCAUCCAGAAGUUUGCCCCACGGGUCGAGAACGGACGUACGAGCGGGACGCCUUGGAAGCGAUUUACCAUCAUAGGCAACGACAACUCCCGCACGACCUUCGCUCUGCAAUUCCCGUACCUGCGCCACUUCAGGCGGGAGGAGAGGACGAUGCAGGUCUUCCGCACGCUCAAUCUGGCGCUGCGACGCAAGAAGGAGACGUUGCGGCGAAAUUUGACCUUCCACGUCCCAAUGAGCAUUGCGCUGAACACGACCAUGAGGUUAUGGAUGACGGACUCGUCCUAUACGACCCUUCAGGACGUCUAUGACCAGUACUGCGUGGACAAGGGGAUGUCGAGGGAGGAGGCAAUAUUCUUCAUAGGCGAGCGUGUCCGAAAGACACUGCGCGAUAUCAAGAACUCGCAGAGGCAGCAGCAGAAUCCGAGCAAGGUCGAGUAUCUGAUGAUGAAGAAGGACAUUAUAGACGAGUUGAUGACCAAACUUGUGCCGGAUAACAUCCUCAGCAACUACAUGCUACGCACCAUGAAGGGGCCGACCGAGCUUUGGCGAAUGCGGAAACAGUUCACCACGCAGUUGGCAGCGAACAGCUUCCUCACCUAUGUCUUCGGCGUCACGCAUCGCUCCCCGAACACGUUCUUUUUCUCUCGCGAGACUGGACAGAUCACGAUGGCUGCCCUCACGCCAGGCAUGGCUCAGAACAUCCCAAUGUCUAUGUCCACCGACGCCGUGCCCUUCCGCUUCACGCCCAAUCUGCAACACUUCGUCGGCCCUAUUGGCACGGAGGCUCUCAUGACGGCCGGUCUGGUGGCCAUCGGACGCAGCUUGACGGACACCGAGCACGAGCUGGAGUCGUAUAUCUGCCUGUUCGCGCGCGAUGAGAUGACGUCCUGGUUCAACAUGCGCGAGCGAUCGUGGUCCGCCGAACCGCAGUUCCGCGCUGUCGUGUUCUCGAACAUCGACCAGUUCGUGAAGCGUUCGUGCAUCCUGGCGUGCAAGGAGCAGCGAGAGAUCGCAAGCAGCCAGGACGGCUCCGUGCUGACGCAGCCGGUCGUGAGCUCCGCUACAAACUUGAUCUUGCAGGCGACGAACCCGUUGCAGCUGACGAAGAUGGGAGAAUUGUACUCGCCUUGGUUCUGAAUGUUGUCGUUGUUUGUUGUGCUACACCAUAUCUUCGUGUCAUGUCUCGUGAACCCCUGCUGUCGGACUUGCUCUGUAUUUGUUGUACUAUAGUUUACUUGCCAAUGUUGAGACUGAAAGCACUCGCACUCAUUGCAAAACCAUCGCGAUAAAAUCGAGGCGCAAGAUUCGCAGGUUUGCUACGCUAAAGGGAUAGCUAGGUCUGACUCCAAGCUUCGGUCUGCCGGUGCGUUUCGAUCAUCUGCUCGCUCUCCAGCAUCAUCUAUCGCACAAAGUCAGCACGCUCGGUCCCUCUCGAAGCCCUCGCACCCACCUCCGCCGCCAUUUGGUGUAUAUCCGUCUCCGGGUGAUUGUACAUCAUCGAAUUCGCGAACAUGAGCAGU